AUGACGAAUGUUUUAAGAAGAAAUCUUGGACGAUGCAAUCUCCGCGAACCUUACAGACGUAUAACGACACGUCGUCAAUAUCUAAUACAUAUGGGGAGUUAUUUCUUAGAUAAUGAACGAGAUAACUUUCCACCAAUUUCGAGGGUCUUACUCGGCUUGGUCAUUGAUGAUUUGACUAGAAUUGUUUCCGGGUCAGAAUUGUUAAAAGCCACCGUAUAUCGUGAUCUCUUUAAUAAACUUACCAAUAGAGUUAAUAGCAGCAAUCAAGUUUGCUUUAAUGAAAGCGAUAGCGCAGCUGCUUAUGCGGCUGCUCUAAAUCAAAAUCGCCCAAAUCGAAAUAAUGAUAACGAUGAAUCUGCUCUGCUUCAUGGUGGAUCCGCAUUCUAG